UUGUCACGCGUCAUACUUGCUCCCCUCCCCCACCCCAAAACCUGCCCCCGUUUCUCUGCCACGGAUUUGCUGUGUGACCCUGGGCCCCUCCUUUCCCUGCUCCGUGACUCAGUUUCCCCCUCUGCACCGUGGGGCCUGGCAGCGCUGACCACCCCCUGCCCCUUUGCGGACCGCCACCAGCUCCCCCGCAGGAGGCUGCUGUGUAACUGUGAGGGGGUGGCACUUACCAUGGGGGCCCCGAGCUUUCCUCUGCCCUUGAGACCUGUGGGGCAGGUGAACAGAGCCUGAGACGCACCCGCAGCAGCUGCAUGGCGUUUCCUGCCAGAGGGAGGAGGGAUGAAUAACAUUGGGGUAGUAAGAACAUGAGCCAGAGAUACCACCUGUGGGAAAAUGAUCGUCACAUCAAUUUUUGACAGUGGUCCAGUAGCAGACACUGACUCUCGCAGCCACCUGGCCAGAGAUGGCAGUUUCCCCUGGAUCUGUAAUCGUCCCAGACUGGCACAAGUCUCCAGAGGGCAAAGAGUACCUGGCCACCAUCCUGCGGAAAAACAAGCGGAAAUUCUUCGGGCUGAUUGAAAGGCCAGUGCUCCCCCCGCAGAUGGCCGCCGACACUGUCAGCUAUAAGAUUUUUGUCUCUGGGAAAAGCGGCGUAGGUAAAACCGCAAUGGUGGCCAAGCUGGCUGGCCUGGAGGUGCCCAGUGCGCAUCAUGAAACAACAGGGAUCCAGACGACGACGGUGUAUUGGCCGGCCAAGCUGAGGGACAGCGGCAGGGCCCUCAUCUUCAGGUUCCACUUCUGGGACUGCGGAGAAGCAGCUCUGAAGAAAUUUGAUCACAUCCUGCCUGCCUGCAAGGAGAAGGCAGACGGCAUCCUCUUCCUCUUUUCUUUCACCGACCGCUCGUCCUUCGACGACCUCCCCAGCCAGAUCUCCCGCGUCACGGAGGGAUCCGAAAACCUCGUCAAAAUAGUGAUUGGCUCCAAGUUCGAUCAAUUCAUGCACACCGAUGUCACCGAGCGGGACCUGGCCGAGUUCCGGCAAGCCUGGCGCCUGCCUGUGCUGCGGAUGAAGAGCGUGAACGGGCCCCGGCUGGCCGACGGGCGGACCCUGGACGGCCGUGCUGGGCUGGCGCAUGUGGCGCACGUGCUGAACGGGCUGGCGGAGCACCUCUGGUACCAGGACCAAGUGAUGGCCGGCCUCGUCCCAGCACCGCAGCCUGGCACAGAGGAGACAUCUCUGGGCUGAAAUCAGCUUGGCUAAAACGCAGGGUGCUGCCGGCAGGUGGAGCCAGAGGCCUAUCAAAGGUUGGUUUGGUGGGACUCUGCUGCAGCCAUGUAAGGACUCACUCUAGCCUCCAGAUCUGGGACCCCCUGUUCCCACUGGCUCUGGCAUCACAUAGAGGCACCCUGCUAGGCACGGGCAUCAUGCAAACCUGUGGCCAAAUUGAUCUGGGGACCUUUGUUUCUGGGAGCCCUGCCCUGAGACAGGACGGGCCUGAUUUCCAGAGGAGCUAAACGCCCCCAGCUGACACUGACGUGACUCGGGGUCAGAGCACCUCAGCCCCCAGCCUCUCAGGCUGGGUACCCAAAAUCACUGACCACUCCUGACCUUAGCUUUGAUCUGAGCCAGUCCAGCCUGCAUGCUCCUUCCUACGUCCCUGUAGCUAACCAGGACGGCAGCAGCAUCCCGGGCGCCAGGGCACAGGAGCCAUUGCAAGCUGGCACUAGAGGAAGCACUUUCUGCAGCGUUGUUUGGGGCUGGGGAGUUUUGGGGCUCCGGGGUAGUGAGUUCCAAGGCAACGAGACAAGCUGGGGGGAUCGUAGCCCACUGUGCGUUCGGACGUGGCAUUGCUAACGUAUCGUUCAGCUGCAGGCACUUCUGGAGCUCCCGUUACCUUAGUAUCUGGGCUGGCUUGGGACUCGGGAGCACGUCCUGUCACAACGUCGAUAGCGCCUGUCUGUGGAUGGAAUUGAAGUUUAUCCUCUGGGGGGAGGACAGAGUGGAGGUUUAGCCUGUGCUGGCUCUGCCUGCAGCAUGGAGGCGUCAGGUUGCAGUCCAGGUCCCGUGUGGGACUUGAGGAGAGUCGCUGCCCCCUGCUUGUGCUGAUCACAGGAGAACUGGCAUCAUCGGGUGCUGUGGCCUGGCCACAAGACACUCUGCUUUAGGGGGCAAAAUGGGGCCCUGCCCUUAGUGGAGCUGCGGGUAACUGUCAGGCCCUGAAAACUCCGGCUCACAAAAUUAGUGGCUGGAUUUGACAACAUGGGCCCGUGUGCCAGCCAGGAGCCCGGCCCCCAGCAAAGCCAGUGCUGGUUGGGUUGUCCUGCAGGACUAUCCAUCCCACCCUGUCCCCUGCAGCACCUCUGCGCCCUGCAGCAUUGGGUUCUACGGAUCAACGAUCGUAUCCUAAAGGUGGCACUUCAGGCUCAGCCACUCGAGAUCGACUCUUUCCUUGUUGCACCAACCCCCCUGGCCUGCGGCCCCCGUGCCUGAGCCAAUGUCGUAGGAGGAUUUUAUGUUUGUAUUUUGUAUAAUUUAAAAUGAAGGAUAAAGAAUAAUAACGUAGCAUGAAAGCAGGAAGGAAUGGCCUAAUUGGCCAUUGAUAAAGAUGCACCAGCCAGAAUCUGUAUCUGAGCUGAUUUCAAGACAGUAACAGACCUUUUAGGGUCAUCACUUUGUUGUAGGUUUAGUAUUUUAAAAUAAGUAAAAGGACGCCGUGAUGUCUC